CUGACUAACUGUUAACAUAUAGGAAAACUAACAGAACACACACAUACACGUGACCUACAGCUAAUAAGUAUUUGGAGUGGAGGGCUCAAUAGAUUCCCUGAGGAUACCGUUCAGAAGGAUGGGAUAUACAUUUGGAUAACUUCAUGAAUGCUUUUUGUGAAGUACGAAUAAUCCAUUCUCCAUUGCUUGGCUAAAUUGACAGUUUACAUUCCUGGUCAAACAUAAAUGGCAUGCUCUAAGCCUCACGGAUUACUUACUACAACAAGUGAAACAACAUCAGACCCUGUCCUCCUGAGUGAGGUCCACCAAAAGGCUCUGUCCUUUGGAGAUAACUUCACUAAGGGAUAACUUCACUAAGGGAUAACUUCACUAAGGGAUAACUUCACUAAGGGAUAACUUCACUAAGGGAUAACUUCACUAAGGGAUAACUUCACUAAGGGAUAACUUCACUAAGAGAUAACUUCACUAAGGGAUAACUUCACUAAGGGAUAACUUCACUAAGAGAUAACUUCACUAAGGGAUAACUUCACUAAGGGAUAACUUCACUAAGGGAUAAAUUCACUAAGGGGCCUCAAAUCACAGGCUUUUGUCAUCCUUCUGCCUGAUCUCCACCGAGAGGUCUCUGACCAUGAAGGACCGCCUGGAGGAGCUGCGUCAGAGGGCCCAGGGUUUUCGGGAGGUGAGCAGAGAGGCAGAUGAUACCCCAUUCCCUGAGGAAGAUCCUAACCCAGAUGCCCCAUUAGGGGUUAAGGUCGCCACCACGCAGCAGGCUUUGGUGUUCGAGCAAGAACCAGUCCUGCACAACUUCCUGUCCGAGGCUCAGCAUAUUCGCGGUGACAUCACUGAGCUGGAAACAGAGGUGAAGAAGUUCAGCCAGCAACAAAGGACCCUGGUGGCAACCAUGCGUCGUUUCAGUGUGAUGAAGAAGGACAGUGAUGUGACGACGGACAUCAAGCUGCAGGCAGAGAGCAUCCACAGACGGCUGGACGCCCUCUCCAAGAAGGCACAGAGUUUAGAAGACAUGCAGGGACUGGCUACAGCCACUACACGCAUCCAACGCUCCCAACACGCAGCUCUACUGAGACAAUUCCAACAGGUGAUGUGUCUGUACAACAACUCCAUCCUCAGUAAACAGGAGCAGUGUAAAAACUUCCUCAUCCGCCAGCUGGAGGUGUUUGGUCGUGACGUCACCGAGGAGGGAGUUGAUGAAAUGGUUGCCACCGGGAAGUGGGAAGUGUUUAACCAGAACCUCCUCAACGACGAACGCAUCACACGCGCUCAGCUGUCCGAGAUCGAGCAGAGACACAAGGAGCUACUGAAUCUGGAGAGCAACAUGAAGGAGCUGAGAGAACUGUUCAUGGAUAUCUUUAUGUUGGUGGAGGAGCAAGGAGGCUACAUAGACAACAUCCAGACCAGCGUAGAGAAGACACAGGACUACGUCACCGUCACUAACGAGAAAUUUAAAAUGGCCACCAGGUACAAGAAGAAGAACCCUCUAAGGAGACUGUGCUGCUGUUGCUGCCCCUGGAGGUGCUGCACAUAGAGAAGGGACAAGUCCCCUGAACACUGGAGAUAGCCCUGGAGGUUCUUCAGAUAGGGAAAGGAAGAGCUCUGGUGUGGAGUGUCUACAGGUAUGGGAGGGAAGUCUGUAGGGUGGCAUGGCAGAACAGUGUUCAGAGAAGAUUUAAGCCCAUUACAGUGGUCAGAAAUCAUCCAGGAACAAGAGGAGUGUAAGAGGCUGUGCAGUUGAAGCAGGGUGGGAGUCAGUGUCUCCACUCAUGAGGGACAACUUUAACGCAAGACAUAAUGCAUUUUGAGAAUCAGCAAGACUGCUUACGUUUUCAAAACUGUCUCAUUUUUUCAAAACUCUACACACAAUUCCCAAAACUGCACACACAAAAUGCAAAAUGCCUCACAUCUCCUUGAAAAUGUAACACUGCAUUCAAAAUGCCAUAAACACAUGUCAGAAUGAAGCAUUUGCAUCAAAUGGCAAACACUGCUUUCAUAAUACUACAUUUUUGGAUUUUCCUUGUAAACACUGUUGUUCUAAAUCUAAAGCUCUUUGGUCUUUCAUAGGCUUAUUGUGUGUGUGGGGUCCCAGGGGGAGGCAGUCCAGGAAUUGGUAGGGGGGAGUCACCAGUGCUAAGCUACGCUUUAUGUCUUCUCCGGCCUGGGUCUGGCCACAAUACUUUGUCCACAUCACAAGAUACGUUUUCUCUUGCCAAACAUCGAGGGAAGUAUCUCCUAGCAUGACGUAUCCAACCUUGGACAGAGUCCAACCUCUAUGUCCCCACUUGGAGAAGCGACAUGCGGGCAUAGGGUUGGCGAUCAUACACUUUCCAGCGCCAGGCUGAGAAGAAUUCCUCUAUGGGAUUUAGAAAAGGUGAAUAUGGGGGUAGGUACAAAACUACAAAUUGUGGAUGGGUGGCAAACCAGUUUUGGACC